AUGUGCAACCCACUGGCAUCUCCUCGUUCUGACGUGACUGUUACUGCAGUCCCUGUGCCUGUGCCUCCCAAGUCGACCAACUCCAAGGUUGGUUUGCCUUCGACGAGUGUCGCAAACAGUAGUGUGCAGUCCCUGGACCAGUUGCCUGCACCUUCACAGGACAAGCGUAACGCGUUCGCCCAACGCAAAACAGUCUCUUCCCGCUCUGUCACCUCUGCCCGCUCUGUCACCUCUGUCACCUCUGUCCCCUCUUCCCCCUCUGUCGCGUCUUCCUCCCACCCUCUUCGCUCUUCCCCCUCUGUCCCCUCUUCCCCCCACCCUCUUCGCUCUUCCCUCCGUUCUUCUUCCAUCCCACCUGUUCCUCCUAUCCCUGCCUCGAUCCUGAAAAAUCGACCUGGCAACCUCGCUGUCUCCGAGAUCAAACCUCGCUCCUCUUCUGCUCCGCCAUCUCCACCCAAGAUGGCUGAUAGCUCCAAUGCUCCGGAGGGCAACAACAAGCCACUCCCCGUGUCUCCUUACAGACACGAGCCUCACACACCCAGUCCGCGGACACCCACCUUCAAAAAGGAUGACAUGCGCCGUCCCAGCCUCAGUCCAAUGGAACGUACUGCCGGUGCCAGUUCCACCGCCGGUAGUCCCGCCACUCAUCGUUCCAGCUUGACUCUCAAAGAUCUUCCCGAGGCUGUUCGAUCUCUCCAGUACAAGUAUGAGACAGACCUCAAACGACUCACAAAGAAGAUCGACGAUAUCAACAAGCUCGAACAGAAAGUUGAUCACUUUGUUACCGUCACUCAAGACUACAUCCAGGACCAAAUGGAUGCCCAGUUUGAGCGCCAGUCUGAGAUGUCUCUCGAAAUCGCCAACGCGAAGCGUGACGCGGCUGAAGCCAAGGAACAGAUUAAGGAGAUCAAGGAGAGUAUUCACGAGAUGCGACUCGAAAUCAACGAGCACACCUCGACUGUCAAUGACCUAAGUGCCAAGGUCGACAUGUGUCUCACUGGGAUCUAUGACAACACCGACGAACCAUUUGUGGUCUACCAGCGUCGCAAGAACAAAGAGAUCGACGAAGAUAUUCAGGACAUCGGAGAUGACACCGUCCUGCUGGGAGCGCAGAUCACCCACUUGAGACAAAUGCUCAUUCUCAAUCAGGUUGCUCUCAGAAUGUUGCAGGAAGAGCAUGGUCUUGAGAUUUCUGAAGACGUGGAAAAUGUUCUUCCACGCAUCCCUUUGCCUGCACACGACACCGUGCCACCCACCGGUACCUUGAGACCUCUUGCCUCCUCCUUCGAGUCUGCGGCAACUCGACCAGCAACAGCCGCUGCUCCAGCAAAGAGCACUCCUGCGGGAAGUACCGUCCCGCAGGUCAAGAUCACUGCGCCCGCAUCAGCUACUCCGCCAGCAUCAGCCAGCGGAUCGGCAACAGCCAGCGGGUCGGCCACCAUCACGCCGCCUGGAUCGUCCACCGUCAAGCAGAGUUCGAUCCCACGGCGUUCGAAGAAGGAGAAGACUUCUAAGAAGUCUUCUAGCGUUUCCUCUGGUUCCACUGUUACGAACCAGACCACCACUGCCACCGCCACCGGGGAAGAGACCGUUCCCCCUGUCCCCCAGGUCCCCCACGGGAUCAUCCUCCCCGUCGAGGCUGUCCGUGAUGCGCCCAGCAUCCCCCUCGGCCACAUCCACCCACUGUACAGGCCACAGUACAGUGAGAUGAACGCGGAGGACAUUCCCGCGGCCCCGACCACCCGGACCGGGGAGCCUUAG